CCGGAUUUUCUCAAGGUUAAAUGUGUUCUUAUAUUGUUUCGUAAUACUUCUUUUUAUACGGCGGAUAUAUGUGCACCUGGGGAUGACAUUCUUUGUGCCGAGUAUAUGUGCCCAUCGAGCAAAGGGAGUUUUGGGCUUCCCGAGGUGAAACAAUACUUAGGAUACGUGAUUACUUCCGGGACAUCAAUGGCAACAGCGGUAGUUUCCGUUGUUGCUGCGUAUGUCAAGUCUAUACAUCCCACAUGGUCUCCCGCUGCUAUAAAGGCAGCUAUAAUGACUACAGGUAAUCAAAUAAAAAAUCCUAUUAUGUGUUAGUAUAUUGUUGUGGUGGUGUUUUAUGAUGGGUUUGUGGUGUAUUCUUUGUUGGGUUUGUAAGGAUGGGACUGAAAGUAUUGAAAAAAAAUUGCGGGAAAAGGGUGGUACUUAUAGCUAACUUCUGAUUCCCCCACGCUGAUUCUUUUAACCAAGUCAUUGUGAAUGUAUUUGCAGCCAAACCAAUGAAAAUUGUAAACCCAGAAGAUGUCUGCGGGAUAGGCAAUGGAGUGGUCAACCCGUUAGCAGCAGUUGAACCCGGUUUGUUAUAUGAUAUCACGUUUAGUGAUUAUAUUGGAUACUUGAAGACUUUUGACAUUUCAUGGGAGCUCCUAAUACCAUUUGAUAAUCCCACUGAUGUCAAGGAAAUACAAAAGAUUAAGCCAUACAACCUGAACGUCCCCUCAUUUUUCAAGUUGCUAAGUGAGGAUCAAGAUGUAUGUGAUUUUAAACGAAAAGUCAAACAUGUAGGGGUUGAAUCUGCCUCCACUUAUCGUGCCAGACUGGGAGACGUUGAUGGGAUUGAGAUAUCAGUGUACCCCACGGAAUUGUCUUUCAUUGGUGCUCAGGAGAUGACAUUUAAAUUGACUGUUAGGAUUAUAGAUUGGAGUAAAAAUAAGGCCAACUCAUUUCACACUUAUCUGGAGUGGUACAACGCCAAAUAUAAUGUUAGAAGUAGCAUUCUUAUAGCUAAAAAAGAUUGAUAGUGUUUAAAGAUUCAGAUAUCAGAGUAGCUCUAUCCAACUAUGUAUCAAUUAUUAUUCUAUCUGACAUAUCUUAUAUGCUUCAUUCUAUCUUU